AUGUCCUCCUCUCCAUCUCCAACGUCGCCUUCCGUCCAGACUGUGGAGAGUGCGAGGGAUCCUCCGGCUGCGUCACGGGAAUACCUUCUUGAUGUAGAACACCCAGUGUUUAAGCACUUCAGGCUCAUCAAGCGGGAGGAGGGCAAGGCACAGCAGUACGAGUGCAAAUACUGCCCCCUUGUCUUCUCUGGUGCCGCCAUCCGUUGCGCUCAACACCUGACGUCAUGGAAGACCAUGAAGCGCCGGGAGGUGACACUUUGCAAGAAUGCCCCGGCUGAUGUUCGCCUCGCGAUGAAGACCAAGUACGAGAAGCAGGCCGCAGUUGCAGAGGAGAGGCGGAGAUCGACUGAGGCUGCGAUUGCCUCGGGGACACCAGGUGGGAAGCGGUCCCGCAUAACCAACUAUCUCGCGGGCAACGCUGCAUCGGCAAGAUGCGAAGCACAUCAGUCGCUUGCGCUGAUGUUUGGGGGAUGUCACAUCCCGGAGCAGAUCGUCGACCAUCCUCUCUUCGUCAACGCAAUCAGAGACGUCACCCGCGCCGGCGAAAACUAUGUUCCACCAGGCCGGAAGUACAUCGCCGGUAGCGGUCUUCAAGCAUGCCGCAGUGGCAUCGAAAGCGGGUUGGUGGGCAUCAAAGCAAGCUGGAAAAAGGUUGGAGUAACUGUCGCGUCCGACAUGAUGACGGAAAAAAACGGGAGGCUGCAGGCAAAUGUCUUCCUCGUUAACAACGCGGGCGCCGUGUUGCGUGUGUGCGUGGACUGCAACAUGGAGAAGAAGAUAGGGGGAUACAUUGCGGGGUUACUAAAGCCCGUGGUGGAGGAGGUGGGGGCGGAGAACAUCGUCGCUUUUUGUACGGACGGCGGCUCCAACUACGCGGUUGCGUGCCAGAUCUUGGUUGCAGAAUGGCCCCACAUUCAGAUUGUCCCUUGUGCGACCCACGUCCUGGAUCUCCUCAUGGAGGAUGUGGGGAAGCUUGGGUGGGCGAAAGGGGUGGUGGAUCGGGCUGGGGAAAUGAGUUCCUUCGUCCGCAACCACCAUUGGACGCGGGGGUACUUGCGAACGCCGGAGCUGGUGGAGGGGACCGUGAUGCAAGCGUUGAAGCCAGCGGGGACACGCUUCGGGACACAGUAUAUAGCUGUUUCCCGCCUGUGUGCCCUUCGUAAUUCCCUUACCCAGAUGGUGCUCUCCGACCUGUGGAAAGAUUGGGCGGUGGGGGAUCGAAAGAAAGCAGCGGAGGGGUUUGCUGCGCAGGUACUCGAUGCGGCUUGGUGGAAGACCGCCAAGUUCUUCACGAAGCUCAUAAAGCUCCCCUUCAUCGCGAUGCGGCAGACGGAUGGGAGCGCAAAGGGGAUGAUGGGGCGAAUGUACGACAUAAUGCUCCAACUUACCGAGGAUGUGGAGGCCCUUGUUGACGCGGAUGAGGAGCAGUUGUCCAGCACCGACAAGCAGCAGAUCCGCCGCAUCCUGAAAAACAGGUGGGACGGGAGUCUUGCAUGUGCCAUGCACGUGGCGGGACGCAUCCUCAACCCUGCCAGCCAAGAGGAGGACAUCUUCGGCGGGGAUGCGGAAUGCACAAGGGUGUUCAAGGCUUUCCUCUCCAAACAUAUGGAGUUCCUCACCGUGCGGGAGAAGGAGGGGGGUGAUGAGUGCGACUAUUUUCUCGCAUUGGGGGACCAGCUGAGGUAUUUCCUUGACCUCAAAGGGAGUUUCGGGAUGCCUGAAGCCAUUUCACAGAGGGAGAAGGUAAAGGCGGGCACUUACAGCAUGGUUAAGUGGUGGCAGUGGAACGGGACGGAUGCGCCGCAGCUGUCGUCGCUCGCCGUAAAGGUUCUCUCGCAGCCCGUCUCGGCAUCUCCGUUUGUGCGCGGGAAUGAGGUGGAGCCGCCCAUCCCCGCUGGCUACAACAUCGCGGGUGAUAUGGAGGAGGAGGAGGAAGGUGAGGACGAGGUCUUGGCAGAUGAGUAUGAGUAG